GUGAGUCAUUCCAGGAAGAGGAGCAGCUCUGAGACUCUGAACUUUGUUUCCUCAUUUACAACCAAGCCUCCAAUAAAACCUGCUGUACGUGUGUGUGUGUGUGUGUGUGUGUGUGUGUGUGUGUGUGUGUGUGUGUGUGUGUGUGUGUGUGUACAUAUAUAUGUCUAAUUCGUGCUGUAGCCAUCUUACAGGAGAAACAGUGUGAUGUAUCAGGGCAGCAUCAAGGAGACAAGAAUGAAGAUGACGAGAAAAGACAAAAAAGCAGGCUGAAUCACACGGCGGAGGGAAGCAGUGUGUGUGUGUGUGUGCGUGUGUGUGUGUGUGUGUGUGAGGCUGGAGAAGAGGCAGCAGCAGCGUCUCCCGUCUCUAUCCGGCCUGUUAGGAUGUGGCGUCGAUGGUGUGCAGCGGCACAGCUCGACAGCCUGUCGUUGACGCUGUGACCGUGGCGACAGGAUGUAGCAGAGAUGUCGGAGCACAAAAGUGACAGCUACAUUGUGCGCGUCAAAGCGGUGGUGAUGACCAGAGACGACUCGAGCGGCGGCUGGCUGGCGCAGGACGGAUGCCUGAGCAGAGUGGGCGUGUGCAGGCUGCUGCCGAGCGAGCUGCUGGGACGCAACAACUUCCUCAUCCAUGGAGAACGCCUCAAAGACAAGCAGGUGAUCCUCGAGUGUUUCCUGAAGAAGGAUCUGGUCUACACCAAGGCCACGCCGACGUUCCACCACUGGAAGGUGGACAACAGGAAGUGUGGUCUGACCUUCCAGAGUCCAGCCGACGCCAGAGCCUUCGACCGCGGCGUGAGGAAGGCCCUGGAGGACCUGACGGAAGGGUCGACCACGUCCUCGUCCACGCUGCAGAAUGAGGCGGAGCUCGGCGAUGACGACGUCUUCACUACGGCCACCGACAGCUCGUCCAAUUCGUCCCAGAAGAGAGAGCCGGCGAUGCACACGUUGGCCCCGCCCAACUUCUGCGAGGCCCGUCGGCACCACUGCAUCCUGGGACAUUUCUACGAGCAGCACCGGCCCUCUGACCACUACUUCCUGGACCAGGCGGUGCACAUGUUCCCUCGUCACGUCAGCUUCCAGGUGGAGGAGGAAGAGAUUGUGCGCAUCAACCCUCGCGAGCGGACCUGGCUCACCGGCUACGAGGAUUACCGCCACGCCAACUCCACACGGGACAAACUCAGCCAGCCCGAAAACCUCGACGCUUACGUCCACUUCACCAAGAGCGAGCCGCCCAAACACGACUACACCUACCCGUACCCACUCAGCUGCGAGGUGCAGCGAGCCUGCGACGGCAAACCAGGCUGCCUGGAGCUGGGCAGCGGCCACAGGGCGGUGGUGACGGUGCAGCCGCGAGCCCUCCAGCCCAAAGGCAAGAGGCGGAAGGAGGACGGCGAGCGCUCGCGCUGCGUUUACUGUCAGGACAUGUUCAACCACGAGGACAACGGGCGGGGACGUUGCCAGGAAGCACCAGACCCCAUUCAGACCUGCAUCAGGCGGGUCAGCUUCAUGUGGUGCGCCGACAGCCUGCUGUAUCACUGCAUGUCGGACCCGGAGGGGGAUUACUCGGACCCUUGCUCCUGCGACACCAGCGACGAGCGCUUCUGCCUGCGCUGGACGGCGCUGGUGGGUCUGUCUCUGCUGGCGCCCUGCAUGUGCUGCUACGCCCCGCUGAGGGCGUGCUACCGCUGCGGCGUGGCCUGCCACUGCUGCGGCGGGAAACACAAAGCUGUGGGCUGAGGUGCUGUAGGCCCCGCCCUCCUCGAGGUGACAGCAAGGACUCGUGAUAUUCAUGUUGUUGUUGUCGUCAUUUUUAGAAGGAGGAGAAGAAGAACUUUGUCUGAACAGAUGGAGAAAAAAAGUUCCUGUUUUUUGUUUUUAUGUCUUUAGUGACAGUUGGGACCAAACGGCUUCCAUAGCUCACAGAGACAGACAACUAAUAUAUAUAUAUAAUAUAUAUAUAUAUAUAUAUAUAUAUAUAUAUAUAUAUAUAUAUAUAUAUAUAUAUAUAUAUAUAUAUAUAUAUAUAUAUUUGUGAGGACAGGUACAGGUAUAUUUUUACACUCGUGUUCUUGAAUAUGUCAUUUCUUCAGCGUUGUAUGAGGUCAGAAUGAAUGUUUGUUGAGGAAACUGCAGCUGUGAAACUUUUUCACCUUCACAAAACAUCUUACUGAACACAUCAGUGAACAGCUGGAGUCAGGACUCGAUUAGCCUAGCUUAGCGUAAAGACUGGAAGGUGUGGGAACAGUUAGCAUGGCUCCAUCUGAAAUAGAUGGAUCUACAGCUGCAACAGAAAAAGUUAUAAUUUAAUUUUCACAUGGAAAGAAACGUAAAGGUGACAGUUUCAUGUUGAGAAAUAAAACUCAGCUGGUAUUGACGGAGCCGGACUUGCCGUUCCCCCCCCACCUCCAGUCUUUAUGCUAAGCUAGGCUAACAAUGUCUAGACUCCAGCUCUCAGUCUAUCGUAUCAUAAACUCAGAAUAAAGCACAUCCAUCAUUGGCUCUCAGCAGACCUGAACUCUCUCUCACAGUUCAGGUGACAUGAUGAUUCACAGCUCUGGUUCCCUGAUGGUCUGACAGCUGCUCUGCUCCCAGAUAAACCAGUCGGACCAGUAACACCUCAGCCAGGUCCAGAGACUGUCGGAAGGUUGGAUUGAAAUCUGAAAAACCAAAUGUUUGAGUCGAUGUCAGAGCUGUACCUCUCUGAAUCAGCUCCUGGACACACUGGUGUACUGGUCACAUUGGUCUGUCUUUACUGGUUUGUGGUUUGUUUGAAGCUUAGAAGAAGAAGAAGAACUGUCAGAAACGUACCUGAGACGUCUGUCGGAUGGUUUGUCUAUCAAACAGCCUUGUUUUUGUAUCGGUGGAAAUAUCAACAUAAAGGCCAGAAACACCCUCGAAAAGAGUCCAAAUAUUGAAGUGUCACAGAUAAAUGUUCCUCCUUUGAUUGAUUGAUUUUAAAAAUUCUUCACAAUCCAAGGAAAGAUAACAGGAAGUCGAUCUCAGGCCAUCUUCUAUAAAAUGAGCACAAGGUCUGAAAUGUGUCAUGACAGUAAUGAUCAGGACAGCAAAGGACAAUUGAGCCUUAAACUUCAACCUCGACUCGUUUGAUUCAACUUAUCAGGGACUUUUAAAUCUCGUUCAAGAUGUUUGAUGGUCGUAACUCUUCAGAAACCUCCUCACAACUCUGUCGAAUACAUACGUUUCUCGAACACACCUGGUAUUCACACCCCAACACAUCAACACUGUCCAACUUCAAAUGUAUAAAAAUGUGUGUGAGGAGAAUUUGACAUCAAAAAUAGUCUUUUUAUUGGUGGAAAUGUCGAGAAGAAAACCAAACAGACGCUCGCCGCCGACCCGACGCUGAACGCUCCAGAUGUCAGCAGAAUGUAAACCAUCAUGGCGUUGUGAAGAUGCGACAUCAUUCCUCCUGAUUACAGCUGAAGAGCGCGCUGAUCUCCUAUUGGUCCGUUUGUCGCGAGAGGCGUGAUAACAUGUUCUGUCUCCUGGUGUCGGCCGUCGCUCCGCCCAGAUAAACUGAAUCUGUGAGAGUAACUAGGAACUAAAUCUGGAGAGGAAGAAUGACGACGUCUCUCUGCAUCACAUUACGUCUUUAAACCAGGAUUGUUACACGUCGUUCUUCUCUCCUCCAGUUCAAUCCACUCUUCAUUUUAAGAUCUUGUGCUCAUUUUACAGAACUGAGUGAGUCUUGACAGACUGACGGCAGUCUGAGAAUCAGCUGCAGCACAACGAAUCAGAGAACAAACAAGCUGAAUAUGAAUUAUUGGAAAGACGUUUGUAAAGACGUUUUCCUCUGACAUUACUUUUAGGAUCAUGUGAGAGUUUUAAUCUUGUUGACUGACAUGAGAAACUCACGGGGCUCCUGAAGGGUCGUGGAAAGUUUGUUGAGAUCGAUUCAUGAUAACACAACUCUGAGGGAGCGAGAGAUGAGGAGGUGUUCCAACAAGAAUCUCUCCAUGACCCUCAGGGGGCUCCGUAGAAACUGAACAGUCAGGCCACCGGGUGUUUUGUUCGAUGGUUGGUUGAAAUGUUACACAGAUGAAUCAGUCGUCAUCUUAUAAAGCCACUGGAACGCUGCUGGAGUCCAACAUGAAGCUCCUUUAAUUCAAGAAAAAGUGACCUGAGGCUCCGUGGAGCAGCACUCAGGAGUGAAGGCUCUGUCAUCCACCCGUCUGUCUGUCUGUCUGUCCCCCACGUUUACUUUUCUAUCGGUGGCGAGGACGGUGAACCGCGAGCAGUGAGUCUGUUGGACGCGGCGUCUGAUCUUCGGCGUCUGCGUCCAACUUCAGCUAUUAACAAAGGAAAGUGCCUGAAGCCUCCUCUGCAUCGACGUCCUGAUGUACCGCUCAGAUAAAAAAGCAAAGGUUGAACUCAUUGAUUUGUCUUUUUUAUAUAAUUCACAUUUUUACCUAUGUAAAAAAACAGAAUAUAUAUAUGUAUAUGUAUCAAGUGUAUGAUGUACAUUUUCAGUUCUAUUUUUUUAUUGUUUCUAAUAUGAUGGAUGUAAAAAAAAAAAAAAAAAUCUCUUCUAACAGGAAGAAGAGACGACGAGACGUAUAAAUAUAAAUACAUCAUCUGGAAACUGA